CCGGCUGCGCCGCUUUACGCGCCCCUGGGUCAGAAAAAACAGGAAAGGAAAACUUCACAGAAAUGGCGGAUGGCGCUACAACUCUUAAAGGCUUACGAGCCCAGAUGGCUGCUGCAGCGCAGGCCCAGGCUGAGGAGCGGAGAAGCCUCACAGGCACCAGUCCUGUGCCUGCAGCCAACACUGUCUCUAAAGCUCAGGGCUGUAAACCAGUUAUUGACGGUGCCACAUUAAGAAUAGACGACAAACUGAGAGUAGCAAGAGAGAGAAGAGAGGAAGCAGAUAAACAACAAGCUCUACGAGAGUCCCAGAUUAUGGAGCGGGAGCGAAAAGCUAAGAUACAAGUGGAACGUCAAAUGGAAGAACGGCAGAAAAAAGUGGAGGAACAACGGAAGAAAGAAGAGCAGAAGCGACUGGCCGCGGAAGAGAAGAGGAAGCAGAAACAGGAAGAGGAAAAGGAACACUAUAAAGCAGUGAUGCUGAGGACACUAGAGCGGAGCCAAAGAGUGGAUCAGAGACAGAAUAGAUGGUCCUGGGGAGGGCAGGACUCAGAUGGACGAGCAGGAGACUCUGAUGCCAGCGCCUCAUCUCCAGUAACUAUAGUAAUCUCCUCCGCCUCUCCAGAAAAACCCCCGCGGAGUCGACAAGUGGACAAGCGUUCCACAUCCACCACCAACCUGAAGCAGUUGUCCGAGGCUGGUAUCAACAAACGCCUCUCCUCCUCCUCCUCCGCCCUUGGCAAAUCCCCUGAUAAGAGUUUUAAAGCCAGAAGUUCAUCUUGUAACCGGUUGCCUAGCAACCGUAAUGCUGCACAGGUCACCAAGGAGGACAUCAAAAAACCUAAGGUGGAGCAGACAGGCCGUUCAAUGAAGAUGAGAAGCUCCUCCCUUACUCGAGUAAGUGUGGCCAGACCACAAAGCCCUGCCAAACCUGAUAAGGGAACAACGGAUGAUCAAGCUCGCAGGCCACCGGCCAGCCCUGUGGAUGAAGGGCUUCUUAGUCGCCUGCUCACACCCACCCAGGCCUCACUAGCUAGGAGCAAGAGUGCUGCUGCCCUGUCCGCUGAAGGAACAGAUUCUCCAGAGUGUCACCUGUGUCCUCGCUCAGCCUCUGCCAGCCCACUGCACCCACCGCGCGGGCCCGUCCGGAGCCGCAGCAGUGACCGACACAAGAGUGGAAUGAGCACUUCUGUGUCCGCCGAUGGAGCCCUUGAUUCUUCAAUGAAGAACAGGCCGACUGGAGCACAGCGUCCAGCCUCCCCGUCUAAUUCCACACGAAAUCGCUCUCCAUCCCCUGCCCCCAGUCCAGCUCCAAUGAGAACCCCCUCCCCAGGAGCAGCUAAGCAAAAUUCAAAAACACGACCCUCUUCACCUGGUGCACUGAAGCAGCGUCCUCCAUCUCCUCAGCCCACAACGUCCAAACCUCCACCCAUCCAGAAACCAGCUCUCACUCCAACAGGGCCCCCCACCCUGAGAAAAAGAGAUUCAAAAUCUAAGGAUUUGUGCCCUGUACAACCUGUGGCUGCCCCAUCCCCAGAAUCCAGCAAAGCCAAGGAGAAAGAUGACACAAAAGGUGCAACAGGCACUAACUCUGCAGCUGAAGCUGCCAAGAUCUUGGCCGAGAACCGCAGGCUAAUGCGGGAGCAGAAGGAGAAGGAGGAGCAGCUGAGGAUACAGAGGGAGGAAGAGGAGAGAGUCAGAUUAGAAGAAGAGAAGCGAUUAGCAGAGGAGGCCCGACUGAAACGCCUUGAGGAGGAGAAGCUGCUUGCGGAAGAGCGGAGGAUCAGAGAGGAGGAAGAGGCUCGUCAGGCUGAAGAAGAGAGAGUGAGGGCGGCUGCAGAGGAAGCACAGAGACAGGCCGAGCUCCAGAAAGAGAAGGAGGAGGCAGAGGCCCGGGCCCUGGAGGAUGCCAAGAGAGUUCAAGAGGAGAGGGAGCGCGUCAUGCAACAAAACCAGCAGGAGCGCAUGGAAAGGAAGAAGAGGAUUGAAGAAAUAAUGAAGAGGACUAGGAAAGGAGAUCAGAGCGACUCUAAGAAAGAUGAAGAUAAAGACAUAAAUGGAGAUGUAGAAGAUGUAGAAGUCCAAGACCAGGAUCUGGACCAGGACCAAGACCAGGACCAGGACUGUGAAUCUAAUGCAGACACCAGUGAGGCUUUAGCAGAAGAUGAAAAAGUGGUGUGUGACUUGUCUUCUGGAGAGCCCACACCUGAAGAACCUGUGUGCAGCGUGAAUGGAAGCCCAGAGACAGAAGACAAGGAGAAUAGCAACGGUCUGAGCACAGAGGAGCUUCCACCUGAAGGCCUUUUGCCCAACACACGUGUUGUGGAAGGCUCAGAAUUUGUGAACGAGCAGAACUCAGCUAUGGUCAUCUCCGGUCUCAAUGGAAAGUCUAACCAAUGGAGCUUCGAGGGCCUCAUUGACCUUAAUGGUCACAACAGCCGUCCCCUCAUGGAUGCAGAGGACUGUAAUCAGGACUGUAAUCAGGUUUUACUGGACUGUGGUGGGACCCCUGAUGGGAACAGGGUUAUAUUUGAAGACAAAACUACUCCUGUAAACACAAUUCAUUCUUCUAAUCAGCCCAUUGAAGCACUGUCAAGUGAGUGUCCACCUCUCUCCUGCACCAACUAACUGUAAUUUAGAUCAUUUUUCAUAGAUACUGUAUUUGACCCUCAUCCAGAUGUACUCCCUCAAAAUAUGUAAAUGAAAUCCUUUGCCAGUUGAUAGCAGCUUCCUCUGGCUCCAUGUCUAACCCACAUGAGUUCAAGGAGAAACACAGAUUGCCACAUGUGCUAAAUGUGGACCCAAAAUGUGGAGGAAAGCUCUGUCAGUAUCUGUACAAACACUUCAGGGAAAUUCCAUUUAAAUGAAAGAGACCAAGUUUCAGGCUCCAAGUCUCAUCCUUUUUCCACUGUUUGGUUCAGAAGGACUAAAUUCCUUUUCUAUGUGAUGUCCAAGUUUAAUUAUAUUUUAUAAUAAUUUUCUUUGUCGGGGUACAUUAAUGUAACUUAUUAAUUUUGCUGUAUUUGUAAUUAUAGUUAUUUCAUUUGUUUAAUACCAUUAUAGAAUACACAUUUAUCAUUUGUGUACUGGGGCAAUAUAAACUAGAAGGUUUGAUAAAUGUACUGUAACCUGAGUGAAGGUGGGCUGCAGCCCUCCCCAGUUUAGCAUGUGAUCUGUGAAUUACUUGACCAGCUGUUUUCUGCAGCAACCAGACAUAUGGCCUUAUUGUUUUUUCAUUUUCCAAUAUUUAAACGUGUUCAUUAUUCUAUUGUUUGGGUUGUUUAAGCUUCAUAUGCACCACACUGUACCAUCUGCUUAGAGCAGACCCACUAUUCACUCACAAUUCAUAGCUUUCCAGAAUUUUUUCUUGUGAUUCCUCUUUUGGCCACCAGAGGCUCCAGCAGCACAACUGUUACAAACCAGUGACUAUAGAAAGCUCAGUGAAGGUGUUUGGUCAGUGAAGUUUUCAGUAGGGCUUAUGGUCCUUUUAGGUUUUAUGUGUUUGUAUAGACGUAUGUUUACUAACCGAAUCACUGUACAUUUUAUAGAACUGAAUUUCCGCUUGUUUAAAGUGAACAUUUUAAAGCUAUAAAGCACAAUUUCCUCUUUAGGUGAGGUCCACUAGUUUCACAUUGUUACAAAGCUGGACGCUUAAUAACAGUGUCCAGACAAAAUGACACAUCAUCAGGUUGUGUGUGUGUUAUACUCAAGAAAUACCAGUUCUUUAGCUGCUACUAGUAAAAUGCAUUUCAGCCAUUUAAAAUAUAACAGAUGGAGGCCGAUGGUAUAUGGAAAUGCAAGUCUACAUAUUUAAAUGUUAUUGAAUUGUGUAUAGUCAGUAUUAGGCCCAUGGAGCCGUAUUGGUAAUGGAAGGAUUAGACAUGUGAAGUUGUGGAAAGUUUAUGUCAGAAGGUAAGGUAGCUCUGGACUAAGGCCCUGUGUUGGGGCAUUCAGGAAACUUUUGUCAGCCAUAUACCCCCAGUUGUUGUGAAAAUGUUUGCUUGUUAUAGCAGGGCUACUGGUAACACUUGAUAGGUGUGGACCUAGAUUUCUGCCUUUUGCGCCGCUUUUCUGACUUAAGAUUUUAGCCUUGAAAAAUGAGCUGAGAGAAUGUUCAGUAGGAUGUCUUUAGUUAAAAAAAACCCCAAAACAACUGUGUCCUUAUACCAGCCCGUUUCAAUUUCUAUUUAAAAUUAAAACUGAAACAUGAACUUGCACCAUUGUUUUUCCCAAGCCCUUCUUAAGGUUGUUCCCGGAGACACUCUAAAAUGCUGCUUGAACAGAUAUUGUAUAUACUCCCAGCCUGCUGCUUAUUAGGGACCUAUACUCAUAAAUGCUAUGACUCCUUUCUCUCAAUAUUACACAAGAACUGUGUCUUAAGAUUAUUUUUAAUAUAAUAUAGUUAACAAAAAAUUUGUCUUCACCUCAGCCUCGACAAUCAGUCCACUCAAGGAGGGCACCUUUGAGUCUCCAUACCCCGCCCUGUCUGUUCAGAGGUUAAUUUGUACUGUAAAUAUGUUAUUGAAAACAUUGGAACUGUUAACAAUAAAGACUUACAAAUUAG